ACCAAAUCGACCCCCUCGCUGUCCUCUACCCAUUAAUUACACCACGUCCUUUACGGCAAUUUCGAAGCUUCUAUUGCUAGGCACUACAGGUUAUACUUGGUGUUGCACUUCAUUCAAGAUGGCGGCUGCGCAAGUGAUCUCCAAUUCUGGACACGACGAUAUGAUUCACGACGCGGGUCUGGACUACUAUGGCCGCAGAUUGGCGACAUGCUCCUCGGACAAGACGAUAAAGAUUUUCGAGGUUGAGGGUGAAACGCACCGACUAGUCGAGACUCUGAAGGGCCAUGAAGGAGCAGUGUGGUGUGUUGCAUGGGCGCACCCGAAAUUCGGCACGAUUCUGGCCUCCUCCUCCUACGAUGGAAAAGUGCUCAUCUGGCGUGAGCAACAUCAGAACACAACGUCCCCCGUUGGCGGUGGUGCCUGGACUAAAGUCUUUGAUUUCUCGCUUCAUACUGCUUCGGUGAACAUGGUGUCCUGGGCUCCUCAUGAAAGUGGUUGUGUCUUGGCCUGCGCCUCCUCGGACGGUCAUGUUAGCGUCCUUGAGUUUCGCGACAACAGCUGGACUCAUCAAAUCUUCCAUGCGCACGGUAUGGGUGUGAAUUCCAUCAGUUGGGCGCCCGCUGCAGUCCCAGGAAGCUUGAUCAGCGCCAAACCUGGACUGGGCCAGCAGCGCAGGGUUGUGACAGGUGGAAGUGAUAAUAUGCUCAAGAUCUGGGAUUACAACCCUGAGUCUAAGUCAUACAACCUCAACCAAUCACUAGAAGGCCACACCGAUUGGGUCCGGGACGUCGCCUGGUCGCCCAGCAUUCUUUCCAAGUCCUACAUCGCAUCCGCUUCGCAAGACAAGACUGUUCGGAUCUGGACCUCUGAUGCAUCAAACCCCGGGCAAUGGACCAGUCAGCAACUCGAAUUCGACACUGUCCUGUGGAGGGUAAGCUGGAGCCCUAGCGGCAACAUUCUCGCGGUGAGUGGCGGAGAUAACAAAGUCAGUCUGUGGAAGGAGAACCUCAAGGGACAAUGGGAGAAGGUCAAGGAUAUAGAAGAGUAGGGCUUUUGCUUUUCUACUGUCUGGUUAUGCGCCUCACAUCUAUUGCAGUAAUAGUUAUAUCGAGCGUCUGCCGGUCAUUGUAUACAACAUUUAAACUUGUUCGCACUGGUAAAAUAGUUCCUAAAAGCAAGCAUUUAUACUCG